GCCCAUGGAACCCUGGCGGAUCCUGCCUCUCCGCGACCACCACCCCGACGCGACAAUGGGCCUCGACGACUUUGAGCGCGAGCUUGCCGCGAGCAAGGCGAAGGACUCGCGCAAAGAAGCGCACCGGAAGCGGGACCGCAGCCGGAGCCGCGACAGGCACCGGCACAGGCACCACCAUGCGUCGCGUCGCGACGACGACGGCGAAGAACGACACCGACACAAGCGCUCCAAGCACCAUCGCGAAACCUCCGAAGAGCGCGCAGGCCGAAAGCGACGCGAGCGCGAACGUGACGAAGACAAGGACGCCCGCUCACGGCGCAAGCAAAAGGGCCGCAGAAGCCCGUCGCCCUCGGACCACGACGACCGCCUCACGAGCAAGCGCAAGUCACGCAACCACAUGUACGAAGAGGACUCUCCUUCCGAUGACGAACCCAUGGACAAGGACUAUCCUCCCCCCAACGACGACUUCCUGGACCACCAGCUCGAGGAAGCUGCCGACGCAAACCUGCAGCGCGACGACUGGAUGCGUGCGCCUUCGUCCAUGGAUGUCGACUACGUACAGCCAAAGAAGCGCGAGGACAAGAGCACCUUUGUCGGCGCGUCCGCCGAGCAGAAGCAUGCGCUCAAGAUCCACCAGGCCGAGCUCAACCGCCACCUGAGUGAUGUUCAGGGAGAAGGCCCUGCCGUCGAAGAGGAGCCAAUACACCGAGAAGUGUCGUACACAUUUGGCGAUUCUGGCUCGCAAUGGCGAAUGACCAAGUUGAAAGGCGUAUAUCGGAUCGCAGAAGAGGAGCGUCGGCCGGUGGAAGAGGUUGCGCUUGAGAAGUACGGUGACCUGCGCGACUUUGAUGAUGCUAGGGAGGAAGAGAUCGAAGUCGACCGACGGAAAACGUACGGGCGAGACUACGUCGGGAAAGAGAAGCCUUCAGGAGAGCUUUUCGAGGAACGACGACUGAAAGCAGGCAUUCACAGGCCUCCCCGAGAGCAUCCGCACCCGCAAGACGACUUACCACAAGGCCAAGUGGUUUCCGAUCCACGCCCGACAGCGAACACGGUCGUCCUCAGCCAGACAGAGCUCAACAAGCUCAAGGCACAGAUGAUGAAAGCAAAAAUGAAGGGUGCUGCCAAUGCGGCCGAGCUGGAAGCACAAUAUAACGCUGCAGCGUCUGGUGCUGCCAACCGCGUAGAACCGGAUGUCGUGAUACUCAAUUCCAUGGACAACCGCAUGCUGGCAGGCGGCCGGCAAGGCGAAGUCAAGGAGUUGACAAACAAGAGGGGACGGGAGCGCGGCCUUGUUGUUGAGAAUGACGACAUGUCCGUUGAGGAUAUGCUCAGGCAAGAACGACGCACCAAAGGUCAGGCGGGUGGUGAGGGUAUGUUGCUAGCAGAGAAGAUUGCAAAAGACUCCAAAUUCGAUAACGACCUUGACUAUAUCGAUGAGAACGCCGAGAAACUCGCCACUCGCGCUCCGAAGUCCACGAUCAACCUUCGCAACCAAGCAAUUUCCGAGUACCAACGCACAAACCGCAUUCUCGACUCCUGUCCCCUCUGUCAUCACGAAGACAAGUCUCCUCCGCAACCGCCCACCGCACCGAUUCUCUCUCUUGCCACCCGUGUCUUCCUCACCUUGCCCACUGAGCCUGAAGUCAGCGAUGGUGGAGCUGUCAUUGUCCCCAUCCAGCACCGCACAAACCUUCUCGAAUGCGAUGACGACGAAUGGGAAGAAAUUCGCAAUUUCAUGAAGUGUCUUACACGCAUGUACCACGACCAAGGACGCGACGUCAUCUUCUACGAGAAUGCAGCCAAUCCAGGACGCAAGCUUCACGCUGCUAUGAAUGCUGUACCGAUUCCGUUCGAACUUGGCGAGACAGCGCCGGCCUUCUUUCGCGAAGCUAUCCUGACUAAUGACGACGAGUGGUCGCAGCACAAGCCUAUCAUUGAUACGUUGAAGGCCUCGCGCUCUGGUCAAGGGAAGUCGGCAUUCAGAAGAAACCUGGCGAAGGAGAUGCCGUAUUUCCAUGUAUGGUUUGAGCUUGACGGCGGAAUGGGACACAUAGUGGAGGAUGAGCGGAGAUGGCCGCGUAGCGAUCUAUUUGCUAGGGAGACAUUGGGCGGCAUGCUUGAUGCGGAUAUCGAAGUCGUAAAGAGACAGGGGAGAUGGGUGAAGGGAGACAGACGGGUCGAUGGGUUCAGGAAACGGUGGAGCAAGUUUGACUGGACAAAGGUGCUUGCUAAUUGAUGAUCCAUCGACGAUGGUUGACGUAUGUAGCUUCCGAGCAAAUCUACCAUUAAUGCUACUGGAGUCU